CCAAAACUGAAAAUCCAACCCAGAAGGCCUCAGCUCUCUCCCUUAUCAUGGUUUUUUCAAACCGAGGGCGAGGGGUUUGUAACUUUGUAUUCUUCUUUCUCCAUGCUUAAUCUUCUCUUUCCCUGCAAGAAACAAAGAUUUUAACCCUUUUAUUUGUUGUUAAAUAAUAAAGAGAACCAAUUUACUGCUCCCUCUCUCUCUCUCUCCUCUCGUCUUUCUCUCUCUACCUCUCUCACUCUCUCUUCAUUCCUUCGAUCCAACCCUUUCCACGCUUCUGACAACUUUUUUUCUGUCAGAACAUUCCAAAUCUGCUUCAUUGGUUCUCAGUCUAAUCCGAAUAAAAAUGUUCUUCUGAGCUCUCGGAUGGUAGUUGAAUCGUCAUAGACAAAGGCCAGAAGGAUCCCCCUCCAAGGCUCCAACAUAUCGAAUACCAGGUUAUUCACAUACCGAUCAUAGUUCGAUGAUUUAAUUUACACCUCUUAGAGGGAAGGUGAGGCGGCGCCAAGAUUAGCUCUUGUUCACAACGAUGACUCGUUGAAUAAUUUAAUUCCGGGGUCAUUUGGUUGAGAAUAUGUGAGGGAUGGUAUCAACUACUUUUCUGAAGCUUGUGUCACCUUGCUGGAAACCGUCUUUCGAGGGUGAAAAUUCUAAUAGGGGGGACGUGAGUGGUCGAAUUGAUGGUUUGUUGUGGUAUAAAGACUCAGGGCAUCAUGUUAAUGGAGAUUUCUCGAUGGCAGUAAUUCAAGCAAACAAUUUGUUGGAAGACCAUAGCCAACUGGAAUCGGGGCCAUUGAGCUCCCUCGAAUCAGGUCCUCAUGGAACAUUUGUUGGAAUUUAUGAUGGACACGGAGGUCCAGAAACAGCCCGGUUUUUAAAUGAAAACCUGUUCAACAAUAUCAAGACUUUCCGUGGUGCAGAGUUCACGUCAGAGAAUCAGGGAAUGUCAGCUGAUGUUAUCACCAAGGCAUUUUUGGCGACCGAAGAGGAGUUCCUCUCUCUAGUAAAGAAGCAGUGGGCAAUCAAGCCACUACUUGCUUCUGUUGGUGCAUGUUGUUUAGUAGGCAUAGUAUGUAGUGGGCUGCUAUACAUAGCAAAUGCGGGGGAUUCUCGUGUUGUGCUAGGAAGACUGGAAAAGACCAUUAAACAGGUAAAAGCAGUUCAGUUAUCAAUCGAGCACAAUGCAAGUCAUGAAUCUGUGAGAGAGGAGUUGCACUCGUUGCAUCCUGAUGAUCCACAGAUUGUGAUGUUAAAGCACAAGGUGUGGCGCGUGAAGGGUUUGAUACAGGUUUCAAGAUCCAUCGGCGAUGCCUACCUGAAGAGGCAAGAGUUUAACAAAGAACCUCUAUUGGCAAAGUUCAGAUUAUCACAACCCUUCAACAAGCCGAUCCUUAAAGCUGAGCCAACAAUCCUAGUCCAAAAACUCUACCCGGAAGAUCAGUUUCUCAUAUUUGCAUCAGACGGCCUAUGGGAGCAGUUAAGCAAUCAGGACGCAGUUGACAUUGUCCAGAGCUAUCCGCGUAAUGGUAUUGCAAGGAAACUUGUGAAAGCCGCGCUUCAUGAAGCAGCAAAGAAGAGAGAAAUGAGAUAUUCGGACUUAAAAAAGAUAGACCGAGGGGUGAGGAGACAUUUUCACGACGACAUCACAGUGGUAGUUCUGUUCCUAGAUUCGCAUCUGGUCAGUCAUAGCUACGGGCACGGGCCUCUGCUUUCGGUUAAGGCAGGUGGUGGUGUCCCUGCCACCAGCACCUAGAUUUUGGAGGUUCAAAUGGAUCCAUCUCACUCAAAACCCCUGGUUUUCUUCACUUGUACUAAGAAACAAACAAAUGCUUUUGUUUUCUUUACAAAGAAGAGAGUUAAAGGCAGAUUUUUGGGCCUUUUUUUUUGGA